AUGGCAACCGCUCAGAAACUACCUUCCAAGUAUGUCAAGUUGGCGAAGACGCAGCUCGGUGAGGAUCCCAAGAACACAUCCGCACACAUUGAGUCCCUUCGACGCUGGCUGUCUUCAAUGCCACACCUCACGUGUCCAGACGAUGACGACUUUCUCCUCAUGUUUCUGCGACAAAGCAAAUUUGUUCAUGCCAAAGCACAGGCCAAACUAGACAACUUCUGCACCCUCUCUUCCAUGAAGUGCAUCGGCAAUGUCGCCUGGAGUAGUCCACUUGACUUGACAUCUAAGGAGCUCGACAACUACCUCAAUGCGGGCAUCCAUCUCCCUUUGGACUACAUGGACGACGGAAAAGUGUGCAUAUGGAUCCGUCCAGGUGUGUGGAAUCCGGACGAAUUGUCAGUGGGGCAGGCGCUUUACUACGCCUACAAAGUCAUUUUCAUGAUGGCUUUGGAUCCGAGAACCAUAAUUGCUGGUACGGUCAUUCUGGUCGACUUCACCGGUGGAACCUCAAAACAUGUCAUCAAGGAUCCGAAUGAUAUGAAAGCGUGGAGUAGAUUUAUGCAGGAAGCAAUGCCAUUAAGACCCCGUCGCAUAAUCUUCUACAACGAGGGGAAGCUUCUUGAUGCCAUGAUGAGCGUCAUGAUGUUCUACAUGAAAGAUAAGAUGAAGGACCGGAUGGUGAGGUGCGGUUCGGACAUCGGCAAGGCCUUCGAAGCUGAACCUGGAUUGCGAGGUGUGCUGCCACCAGAUCUAGGUGGUGAAGGAAAGUCUGUUCAGGAUCGCAUUCAGGCAAACAAAAGGCGUUUUCUUGAAUUUUACGGGAAAGACGAUCCAACAGCACGAAUUAAGGUGGACGAAUCAAAGAGGCCGGUCACGGCGCGUGACUUCCUGCGCGAGUACAAAGACUACAACGCAAACGUCAUGGGGGCGAGUGGAACAUACAUCAACGUGGGUCAUGGUGAAAUUUGA